CACAGGACCCCGCGCAGCGCCCCACACGCCCCCCGGGGCUCGGUCCGAGGGGGCCCCGGGCAGGGCCGGAUCUCCCCACGUGCCGCCGAGGGCCGCCCCGAGCAGCCCGACUGGGAAGGGGCUGACGGAGAUGGCGUGGGGGCCAGCAAGCGGGGACGAGGAGGAGGAGGCCGGAGGCCACGGGGCUGCGGGGGCCCUGCGGGGGACGCCGGCCCAGACAGGAGGUCCAAGGAAUGGGAAGAGCGCCGCCGGCAGAACAUCGAGAAGAUGAACGAGGAGAUGGAGAAGAUUGCAGAGUACGAGCGGAGCCAGCGGGAUGGAGUGCAGGAGAAGAACCCCGUGCGCAACUUCUUGGACGACCCCCGGCGCAGCGGCCCCUUCGCAGAGUCAGACCGGCGGGAAGGCAGCCGGCGCCACAUCCGCAACUGGGGGGGAGCCGAUUUCGACAAGGUCAAGACUGGGAUGGAGCAGGGCAAAGCGUGGCCCCCUCCGGGCCGAGGCGGUGGCCGGCGCCAGGAGGGGACCCUGGACAUGACGCUCUCCAUGACGGGCCGGGAGCGGGCCGAGUACAUCCGCUGGAAGCAGGAGCGGGAGCAGAUCGACCGGGAGCGCCUGGCCCGGCACCGGCAGGCCACGGGGGAGUGGCGCCGGGAGUGGGACGCCGAGAAGAUGGACACCACGUUUAAGGAGGGAGCCAAGCCCGGAGGAUCUCCGAGCAGCAGGACGGGUAAGGACGGGACCCGGGAGGUGGACAUGGCCAGGAAGGGCAGAGGCCGUGGGCGCGCACGGGGCACGCCCUCCAAGCCGUACAGCAUGCAUGAUAAUCGCUGGGAGGAGGAAGAGGAGCUGGAGGCAGCCCCCGUGGAGGCCGAGUCCCCUGCCGGCCCACUGCAGCAGGAGGAGCCGCCCGCCUCACUCCAACUGGUGGCGCCAGCAGCGCCUGAGGAGGACGAGGACCAGUGGGAGGACGUUAGUGAGGGGGAGGAGGAGGAGGAGGAAGGCAGUGGCAGCCAGGGUGCCGCCUCCUCCUCUUCCUCCUCCUCAGUGGCGGAGGAAGAUGCCCCCCGCUCCCGCUCUCCCGAGGACCCCGUGGCCAGGCCGCCCGGCCGUGACGGACCGCUCUCGCUCGCCAUGCCGUCCCCUGAGCUGGAGGCCCCCUCAAGCCCGGAGGCGAAGCCCUUGACCCCCUUCUCACUGGUGGAGGGGUACCGCCCCGUUUCUGACUGGGGGGAGGAGAUGGAGCUGGUCUCCCCGCGCACCGACUGCACCAAGAGCCUCCUGGCGCCUUUGGCCGAAGUGGCCGUGGGGGCGCCCCCCCCUCCUGGAGCCCCGGUGGAAGAGACGGGAGUGGAGGAGCCGCACGUCCCCCGGGCUGAGGGGGGUGCUACACCCGAGCCCGGAGAGCAAGGUGCCCCCCCGUGUCUGGCAGUCAGCAGCAGCGGCACCCCCGGCGGCACAGCGGAGAUCCCAGACGCCCAGCAGAGGAACCGUGACCCAUAA